AUGACGGUCCUUUCACUAUUCUCACUUCCUUUCGUCGCACUUAUUCUCUCAUUAUGGAGUUCCUCUGCCUUCGCGUCAUCCGACUAUCACGAGCACCUGCUCCUACACCCUCUACCGCAGUCCUCUUUACUAGCUUCUUUUAACUUCCGAAGCAAUACAUCCCAACAAUCAUUUGACCAACAGCAUUUCAGAUAUUUGCCACGCGCUCUUGGUCAGAUCCUCCAACACGCUCAUACAAAAGAAUUACACCUCCGCUUCACCACUGGAAGAUGGGACGCUGAAAGCUGGGGCCCACGGCCAUGGAACGGCAGUAAAGAAGGAGGCACUGGCGUCGAGCUUUGGGCGUGGAUCGAUGCGCCGGGUGACGAAGCGGCUUUUGCCAAAUGGAUCACCCUGACGCAGUCCCUCUCUGGAAAGGCUGGAAUCUCCUCACUAUUUGACGGGCACAAAUUGUUCGAUGCCGCAUGGCAGAGUAUGUCAGUGGAUAUCCAGCCGGUCUGCUCUGCAGACGGAGAAUGUGUGGUUCAGAUCGAGCAAACCGUGGACAUGGUCUUGGAUAUUGACCGGUCCAAGCGAUCUCGUUCGAACCCAAUCCCUCGGCCUGUGCCUAAUGAGCGGCUGGUUUGUGACACUUCCAAGCCUUAUAAUUCAGACGACACCUGCUACCCGCUCGAGAAGACAAAUGACAAGGCGUGGAGUCUUACAGAAAUUUUUGGGCGGAGCCUAAAUGGUGUUUGUCCUCUUACAGAUUUCGAUGGCUCUAGUGACCAAAGCGUUUGCCUUCGGGUGCCUCACGAAAGGGGUGUCUUCAUAUCCGAGGAGGCUGAAGAAAUCAAGAAAGAUGAUGGCUUUACGCGCUGUUUCAAAUUGGCACCAUCGGUUCCCUUUGAUCUUUCGAUUCCUCAGCAGCCUGUGAACACUGAAGUUCCGUUGGACGAGCCCGUUUUGCACGCAGAACGAACUAUCGUCGGCCACGGCCAGGAGCGUGGUGGAAUGCGCAUUAUCUUUGGCAAUCCAUCCAACACCAGCGCGGUUGAUUUCAUCUACUUCGAGUCUCUUCCAUGGUUCUUGCGACCAUAUAUACAUACUCUGCACGCAACAAUCACAGGGCACGACGGAGUCCUGCGGGAGGUGCCAGCAUCUGAAAUCGUCAAAGAGACGUACUACCGGCCCGCCAUUGAUCGCGAGCGUGGAACACAGUUAGAACUGGCGCUGUCUGUCCCCGCCGCAUCAACCGUCACGUUGACUUACGAUUUCGAGAAAGCCAUUCUUCGGUACACCGAGUACCCGCCAGAUGCUAAUCGAGGGUUCAACGUUGCACCUGCAGUAAUUCGGAUCUUGGAUACAGCCCACGACGCGCCGAUCUACAUCCGGUCUACGAGUCUGCUGCUUCAACUUCCGACUCCAGAUUUCAGCAUGCCCUACAAUGUGAUCAUUCUCACUAGUACUGUGAUUGCACUUGCGUUCGGAACUAUUUUCAACAUUCUGGUCCGCCGAAUUGUCACCCUAGAUGAGGCUGCUGCCCUUGGAGCUCAGACUUUGAAAGGCCGCAUACUGGGGAGAUUUGUGGCUAUUCGGACACUUCCUCCCUUUGUGCUCAAGAGGCCGGGUCUAGAGCCCCUUAUAAAGGAGAUUUUGAACUUUGAUAUUAGGUUCAUGCCGCCGUCCAUGCUUAUUGCAGGUACACGCCGUAUGUAG